CUCAUCUCUCAACACUUCAAGAGGUGCUUAGCUAAGUAGAAGAGAGAACAUCUCUAGCUACACACAUAGAGGGAGAGAGAGAAUGGCAGACCUUUGUGGUUCAUUCACCCUCUUUUUGGCCAAGAUUAAACCCUACUUGGCAAUGCUCUCCCUCCAGUUUGGAUAUGCCGGGAUGUAUAUCGUCACCAUGAUUUGUUUCAAACGUGGGAUGAGCCAUUGGAUCCUUGUUGUUUACCGUCACGCUGUUGCCUUACUUGCAAUUGCUCCUUUUGCUAUUGUUCUUGAGAGGAAAAUAAGGCCGAAGAUGACACUCCGAAUAUUUCUCAAGAUUGUUGCACUCGGUUUUCUAGAGCCUGUGAUUGACCAAAACUUCUACUACGUGGGGUUGAAGAGUACAACCGCAACAUAUGCUUCUGCCUUUGUCAACCUUUUACCGGCAGUUACCUUUAUAAUGGCGGUUAUUUUCAGGCUGGAAAAGAUAAACCUGAAAAAGGUAUCAAGUAUGGCAAAAGUGAUAGGGACGGUAAUAACAUUGGGUGGAGCUAUGGUGAUGACUUUGUACAAGGGCCCCAUCGUUGAUAUCAUUCCCCACCCCCACGGCAGCAGCCACCACGCCGAAGCGGCCGGAGCCGCCGGUGGUCAGAAUUGGGUCAUGGGCACAAUCUGCCUCAUUGCAUGCAUCGUUGGUUGGUCUGGCUUCUUCGUAGUUCAAUCAAAGACAUUGGAAGAGUACCCAGCAGAGCUGUCACUGGCUGCUUGGGUAUGUGUUAUGGGGGUAGUGGAAGGUGGAAUUGUGGCACUCAUUAUGGAGCGUGACAUGAGUUCUUGGGUUAUUGGCUUUGAUUCCAGGCUAUUAGCGGCAGCCUAUUCUGGAGUAGUUUGCUCUGGAAUAGCAUAUUAUGUGCAAAGUGUUGUUAACAAGACCCGAGGCCCAGUGUUUGUGACAGCCUUUAGCCCUUUGAGCAUGGUCAUAACAGCCGUUCUUGCUGCUAUUAUUUUGGCCGAAAAUGUCCACGCUGGAAGUUUGAUUGGGGCAUUCAUCAUAGUGAUUGGACUGUACUCAGUGGUGUGGGGUAAAAGCAAGGAUGAGACAAAUGAGAAAGGGAAAAUGCAAGAAUUACCCAUUGUGAUGGACAGAGAGAGUGUUGAAUCCCCGGCCACAAUCAAAUCUAAGCUCCAGGAGAAGACUCCACAAGAGGCUUAAAAUAUAGAAUUUACUAUAAAAAAAAAUUGUGUGCAAUUUGCAUGUACUCGUGAUGAUAUCCUAAAGUUUUGACUAUUUAUGUUAUGUAUUAAUGUAAUCGCUGGCUAUAUGUUGCUUUAAACUUUCAAAGCAAUGCAUUGAUAAAGUUGGUCCUUAAGUGCUUCAAUUCAA